AUGGAUGGAUCUGCCAAAGAAAUUGAAUUAGCAAGUAGUAGUUGCAAUGGCGAAGAAGGAGGCCGAGGUUGUCGCAACAAACGCAAAUUGUCUGAACCCAUUUGUUGUCCCGUGUGUAGUGUUACGUUACGAAUAUCCGAAGUCCAGUCGCACUUUAUGCUCGAAGUGGACAAACUAAGCAAAAUCCCAUCGACCAAACACAAGUCCAACGGACGCAACGCGCCUAGCUCAUCAAACACCAGUGAUAACAACCCCGACAAGACGUGGGACACGUUCCAGAAAGUGCGACUGAACCGCCAAAACAGGCACCGAUCGAAAACAAAAAAGCGCAAAGCCGAAGAAGUGCUGUGUCCGAUUUGCAAUAAGGAGACGUCUGAAGAAAUUACGAUGCAUGUGGAGAAGUGUCUGCGACGCACUGAGCGGAAUGAGAGUGAGAGUGAUGAGAGUAUAGAUGUGGAGGCUUUCGAGGAGUACGAGUGGGCCGGACAAUCGCGUGUACGGAUCACGUCGCUCCUGCCUGGGGGUGUUAUAAAUUUAGGGACUUCCAUAAGUAUGACUGAAGAGGAUGAAGACUUAAACGUGGAUGGGGACGACGCGCAGACGUAUGGGUCACCACAGUACUCCGAGAGAGACAUUAUUCUUUUACCAGGGGACCCUGAAAAUAUUGCGCUACGCAAAGCGGUGAUUGGGGAGGAUCCAAAGAGGAUGCAAACUGAAGAAAACGAAGUUGUUAAUAGCCAACCAAAGGGGGAUCCACUGGUGGAAGUUCUAAAAAAUAGGAUUAGAGAGCUCGAAAGUAAGGAGAAGAAUAAAGAAGAAGUUUAUAAAUGUCUGAUUUGUAUGGAGAGGUACCGCACUCCGGUUAUUUCUGUGUGUUGUUGGCACGUGCAUUGUGAACAGUGUUGGUUGCAGACUCUAGGAGCCAAAAAACUUUGUCCUCAGUGUAAUAUGAUUACUUCUCCAUCAGAUCUGAGAAAAAUUUAUAUGUAA